UCUUUUGUUGUCAGGCAGAAAGACUCAGUAGUCAGGGUGGCGCGUGUCCUCAGACAGACAGCUAGCUCAAACAGAUCAAUAGCUAGAAAUUUAUCUGUUAUUUAAACUUGCUAUCGUGACAUUUGUUUCUAUUGUUCUGUUACCAUGUCUCUGGGAGUGGAGUCUGGAUUCUCUAGCGAGGAGGUGUUGAACAGCCGCUUCCCUCUCCAUCGGGCUUGCAGGGAUGGAGACGUCGGUGCCUUGUGCUCGCUCCUUCAGUGCACCUCGAACCCGGCUGACCUCACGGUUGAGGACACUUUCUACGGCUGGACGCCCAUACACUGGGCCGCUCAUUUUGGAAAGCUGGACUGUGUGAUGCGCCUGGUUCAAGUGGGCUGCGGCGUGAACUCGGUUACAUCCAGGUUUGCACAGACGCCCACUCACAUCGCUGCCUUUGGGGGCCACCCUGAGUGUUUGUUAUGGCUGCUUCAAGCUGGUGCAGAUAUUAACAGACGGGACUAUGUGGGCGAGACGCCCAUCCACAAGGCUGCUCGAGCGGGCAGUCUGGAAUGCAUCAAUGCUCUCUUGAUUCAGGGAGCGAAAGCUGAAAUGAGGAAUGCCAAUGGGCUGACGGCCGCUGAGCUGGCCCACGCACAGGGAUUCCAGGAGUGCGCUCAGAUACUCGCCAAUGCCCAGAACCUGCAGCAAAACAUGGCUCAGUCCCUUAAUGGGGCUUUUUUAAAUGGCAUGACCCAAAAUGGUGGCCAUGCUCAUGCCACCAUCCAAGGACGAAGCUUCUUGAAUGGUGUGCCCAACAGAAAGAGGUCCUUCGAAGGCGAUGAGGCAAACCCAUUCAAAAAGGCCAGACCUAAUGGACUGUCCAUGCAACCUGAACAGCUGAAUGGGAACGGGCCACUAGAUGGCCCCAGAGAGGCCCACAUGGAGAGCAUGAACAUGGAGACAGCAGCAGCUGUAACCUCAGGUGGGCCGGGGAGCUUUACAUUUGGGAUGAAUGGGUUUGGACCCCCUCAGGGGUUGGGGCCUGUGGAUCAGUGUGAGGACCAGGGGCCACAGAACAAAUUGAGCCCUGCUGCUAAAGAGCUGGAGGUCAUCACUGUGGCGUCAAUGCAGACACCCUGUCGCUGCACUAACUCCUAUGCCUACCUGUAGAGGGAGCUGUGUGGAAAAUGGCACACUAAUACAAAUUGUUUGUAAUGUCAGAUUUUCCUGUUAUGUGGUGUGCACACAAGAGGAUGCAUUUCUUAUGACUUGGUGAUGAGUUAAAAUGAAACGAUGUGUAGACGUGUAUGAGUGGUAUGUUUCAUACUUAUCUGUGUAAUUAGCAUUUGGAUGGAUAAAGGACUUUUUCUAGUUGUUAUAUCUCUUAUAAACUAAUAAUUUCUGCUUCAAGUUUACCCACAUGUUAUCCCCUAUGUUUGGAUUUAAAGUCUGAUUUUGUUUUGCACAAUUUUAUGGAAGUUUGUAUCCCCAUUAGACGCGAAGUUUGAGUCAACCAAGUAAGUACUUCUUUAAAAUACAAAGUAGUUUGUGAUUUUUAUCUUUCUCAAGGAACUUCUGUAUAAGUUUCUGGUUUUAGAUUGUUUUGUUUUUAGAUAUUUUUCUUUUAAAAGAUACAUUUUGUUUACCUGUCAGAUUAUUUAAAAAAAAAUAGUACAUAUUUAAUCUGUUUUCCACUUACAGUAUCUAUUUGGGAAAUGGUUAAGUGCUCUCGUUUUUUUUUAAAUUUUUUUUAGAUAUACUAUAUUCCCUGAGGACUGCCAGAUAAAUACAUUAAUGGUAACACAAUCCCUCACAAUGUUAUUCAUGAACCUAAAGCAUUUUGUAUGAUCAGCCAAAGCAUAUUCCAACAUGAAUGUAGCUCUUAAGAAAUAAAAAAUCCCUCUGCCUUUCUGUAGUUGCUAGCUGUUAAAAAGCUUCUGGGGCUUGAACAUAUGACUGUCCCUCCAUUUGGUUUUAAUCUGGUUUAAAAACUAGUAACUGUGUAAAUGUUAGGUGUUUUUAUGCAGUCAACGGGACUUGUGUGUGUGUUUGUCAUUUUAUAGCAUAAUCUCAUACGUAAUAAUCAGAUGUAUUAAUCUGUGUUUCACUGUUGUAUAACAACCGCUCAAGGAAGAUUGCAUGGUUUUCAAAAAGCCUUACAACCUGAGCUAUAUUUGAAAAUGAUUUUUUUUUUUUUAAGUGUUUGUUUUUUUUCUAGAUGCAGAAAGAUUUUUUUUUUAUUUUGAAUAGAAUGUUUUCCAUUCCGAUGUUCUUUUUCUGUUCAUACUUUUUAUGAAAAAAGGCAAGUGUGUAUUUUGAAAAAAAAAAAAUGCAGUUCUUUGUACUGAGCAGGCUUAGCUUUGUACUUGACUGUGUGAAAGCAUUAAAUAUGGAUGAUUUUUAUAAA